GCUGUCAAUAAAAAAAAUACAAGCAAAAAUUUUAACCCAAAGCAUUUAUUUAUUUUAUUAAAAAAAAUUUGCAUUUUCUUAACUAAAUUAAUCAAUAUUCAAAAAAAAAAACUAAAUAAAUAAUAAUGGCAAAUGUAGAAUCAAUGAUUGUUGAAGAAAAAUCCCAACCAGCUAAACAAGUUGAUAGAGAAAAGACCUGUCCUCUCCUCCUUCGUGUAUUCUGUUCCACUGGACGUCAUCAUUCCGUCUCCGAAUACAUGUACGGAAAUGUUCCAUCCAAUGAACUACAAAUCUACACUUGGCAAGAUGCAACUCUUCACGAGCUCACUUCACUCGUUCGCGAUGUCAAUCCGGACACCCGCAAAAAAGGAACCUAUUUUGACUUUUCUGUCGUCUACCCAGAAUAUCGAAGUCAAUCCUUCCGAAUGCGUGAAAUCGGUGUCACUUGUUCUGGCCAAAAAGGCGCCGAUGACAACAAAACUCUCGCUCAAGCGAAAUUCUGCAUCGGAGACUUCUUAGACAUUUCGAUUACUCCGCCGAAUCGUUUGCCGCCAAUGAGACGACAACGUCAGUACUAAUUUCAGACCAAAAGGAAACAUUCUCCAUUUUUUUUUACUUAAGAUUCUUUUUAUUUACAAGCUAAAAAAAAAACUGAACUUCUCAUAAAUAAAAUAAAAAAAAAAACUGAUCC